UAAUAAAUGUCGUGGAAACGAACUUUGUUUAAAUAAUCCCGUCAACAAACGUCUUGCCAGAUUGUUGCGAUUCGAAGAGGAUGAACUUCUGCAUAAAACGAGAGUUCUGCGACGCGAACAGAGAGAGGGCGAGGAUCCCCAGGCCCCCUAAUGCCUUUAUGUUGUACGCGAACGAGAACAGGAAGAAAAUGUCGCAAUUGUACCCCACGGAGUCGAAUAAGGACAUCAGUAAGCGCUUGGGGAGCGGCUGGAAGUGCCUGGACGAGGAGGAGAGGAAGAGGUUUUUCGAUCGGGCGAAGGCGAUUGGGCUACAACACAAGAGGGAGUAUCCAGAUUACGUGUACAACCCUAAGGAGGCGAGGAUACGGAAAGCUAUGCGCGAUGCAACACGAGAACGAACUUCGAUCGGGACUUCCCCCAUGCUCCAGAGGCCCAACGCGCGCAGGGCACCGUCGUCGCACAGCUGGGUACCGCCGCCGCCGCCGCCGUCCCACGACGACCUCAUGAUGCAACCGCUGGGCGGGCUGCAGGCGCCGCCGCCCGUGUGCGGCUUUCCGCUGCCGCCGUCGUCGCCGGGCGAGCAAUUCCUGGGCGCCAUGAACGCCGCCUACAGCAAGAUGGAGCCAGCGCCGCCGCCGCCAAUGCCACCGCCGACCACGAACUACAUGCAGUCGAACCCGCUGGCCCAGCUGCAGCAGCACGCGGAGAUGUGGCCCGAGUACCAGGCGAUGCGGCCCAGGUCCUCAGUCCGUUCGGCAGGUAACCCCUUCAUGAUGGGCGACGUUCCCCCCUACUCUGCCCAGCCCCCCGAGAUGGGCACCCCUCUCAUGAUGGAGAAGGAGCCGACGCCCGCCACCUCCCCUCCCACUAACGACCCGGAGCCGGACAAAGAGCAAGAACAAGAGCACUUCUUGCCGGUCUUUGAACCGGACGAAAGCAAAAUGAAAAAGCCGGCUGUCAAAAAGCCCGCCACGAAAUCCCUGCCGGACUUCAACGAAGCGUUCGGCUCGACCGAGCGCGGCCGAUUCCAGAGCCCGCCCGACCCGCGUUUGGCGCCCAACAAGGGUUACCUCGACUACUUCUUUGACGGCGCUCCGGCGAUCAAAUUCGACGAUUACCAGAUCUAAGAGAUGCGGUUGUUUCGGCUCAAUUUGUCAAAAUUGGAAUUGUGCCUUUUUUUUCUCUCGGUUUCCGUUUUGCGUUGCUCGUUGGGACCAACUCGACCCGCUGGAUAGAGAUCCAUAUUCUAGUCAAAUGUUUGUAUGUAUAUGAUAGCUGUUAAUGUCAACAUGUAGCCAUUACAGUGUAAUCCGUGUUAGAGAGGUUGUAAAAAGCCAAAGUCAUUAUUGAUCGCGUCCGCGUGGCGCAGCCCUAAUAUCAAAAUGAAUGUACAGAUGUAAAUGUGUUAAUGUUAAAUAAGGUUGUGCCUUAGUAGAUAAUUCAAAAUUUAUCAAGAAAGUUGAGAUUUAUUAGAGCUUCCCGUCGUACACUUGGGAGUUGUACAUAUAUACGUUUUAUUCCAAAAGAAUGCUUCCCAAAAUUUUGAAAAUAGCGACAUAUUCUAAAUCUUCCUUUAGUCUUCAAAAAUAAUCAAACAGUUUUGAAUCAAACAGACCGGGACACGUUACGAAUUAAUCAAAUCUGGCGGCUGAGGCGGGGCGGACAAACUUACAUUUCUCCAAUUACACUCUUCACGUACUCUCAACAAAAGCCAAAAUUGUCAUGGUUGUAUAUAAUCGCAUUUAUUUCACGAACAACUCCAUUACUUUACCACGAGAUAUUAAAUCUUUAGAAAAUUCAAGGUUUCUUCAAAUUUCAUGACUCUGAAAAAAUCGUCAAAUUCUGAGUCUGUUUUACGUCAAAAAUUAUUAGACGUUCAUGUUGUCAUAACGUCAUCAAAUAAAAAAAAGCGACUACGAAAGUCGAGGAAACAAAAACAAAAAUUUGUACUAAAUUAAACAGAAGACGAAAUGAAUCAGAAAGCUUCAAUAUUAAUGCGAAAAGUUUUAACAUUUUCCUAAUUAGUUUUAAUAAUUUUUUAAUAAAAUAAAAAGUACAAAAAACAUUAAAAAACAAAACCCACAAAAAAUGUUAACUGUUAAUUUUUUUCCAUUCUCGUAACGUUUUUUUUUAUGCGCGUAGUAUAAAACCUGAAUGCUUGAAUGCAAAUAUUAUUCAAAUUUAUUCAAAAAUGAAUUUUCUAUUUACUCGUAGUACUCUCGUCCCUCCGCCUCGGCCCGAACCUCGUUUCGUACUAGAUUAAUGUGGUCCAUUCUUUAUAUCUAUAAUAUACUUGUGAUCGUCAUAGAUAGAACCUAAAAUAAGUAAAAUAAAAAACACCAGACUAUAUUGUACAAAUAUAUUAAAGUUGACUAUUCCCAUUAUAUUAUAUUGUCGGCAUCCGGCCACCGAAUCGCAAACAACACUCUGUACCAAUUCCCAAAAGUACAAAUCAAAAGAAAACGUUGUUUCCGGUUCCUGGUUGGCGCCAUUGUAUGUUGUCUUAGGAUCAUUUAUAGCGGUCUUAGAGCCUGGGGGCCCCCCUUCCACUAUUAUUACAAUGUGUUAAAUCCAUAUCAAAGUGAUAUCGUUCAAUUAAAAUAUAAUUUAGAGCCGAA